AUGACAAUUUUACACUAUUAAAUAUAACCAUAUUACAAUCAGAAAAUUAGUUGCUGCAUUUCUAAAUUUGACAAAAAGCAAAAGAAUAUAACUUAUGAUUUAUGCACACUAAUUUUUGGUUAUAGAACAAGUCUCUAGAAUCUAUUGAUUAAACAUCAAGACAUUAUGAACUUUUAGUUUGAUUGUUCCCACAUUACGUAGAAGGAGGCUGAGACUGAACUACAAGGUUGCAUUGCCCCAGAAUUAUAAUAGAUUUGGGCUUUGUAUCAUUUAGAUAUUAAUUUUGUUUGUUACAUUCUUUUGACUAUAUAGAAAUACAUUAAAGGUUGUGCAUCUUAAGAAUGGGAAGGUACAUAUAGGGCAUCAAAUAAAUAAAUUAGAUUAAGUUAGCUCCAACAAAAAUCACACGUAUCCUGCAUAAUAGCAUAAAUACUUGAACAUUCACUUCAAGGGAAUAUGAUGAAGAUGUAAACAAAAUCAACAAGAAAAGAACAGCAUUACGAAUGA